AUGUUCGCCGCUCGCCGUGCUCUCCAAGCUACCCGUGGCUAUGCCACUUCCACCAGCGUUCAGAUCCCUCUUGUCCUCCACGGUAUUGAGGGUCGCUAUGCCACCGCCUUGUACACCGCCGCUGCCAAGAAGCAGGCCCUGGAUGCUGUCGAGACUGACUUGAAGCAGGUCAAGCGCGUUGUCGAGAAGGACUCGAAGCUCCGCGAGUUCCUUGAGAACCCCACGAUCAACCGUAUCGAGAAGAAGAGCGGUGUCCACCAGAUGCUCGCCGCUGGCAAGUACAACGACUUGACCAAGAACUUCUUUGACACCUUGGCCGAGAACGGUCGCCUCUACGACACUGUCAAGAUUAUCAACUCGUAUGGUUCCUUGAUGAGCGCUCACCGUGGUGAGGUCCAGGUCACCAUCACCUCCGCCAAGGAGUUGGACGCCAAGGAGAUCGCCAAGGUCAAGGGUUACCUCGCCAAGUCUGCCUUCGUCACCCCCAAGCAGACUCUCAUCGUCUCUAACAAGGUCAACCCCUCCAUCCUUGGUGGUUUGGUUGUUGAGUUCGGUGACAAGACCAUCGACUUGUCUGUCUCCUCCAAGGUCAACAAGUUGAACCAGUUGCUCCACGAGGCCAUCUAA